GCAAAAAGCUAGGGCUUUGUGGUUGAAAGAAGAGGACAGGAAUUCAAAGUUUUUUUAUGCUUAUGUGGCCCAGAGAAGGAAAAUGAAUAGCAUAGACAGACUGCUCACAGGUGAGGGGAGCAUCACUCAGAACCCUGCACAUAUUGAGACGACAAUCAUUGAGUUCUAUGAGCAAUUGUCUUCUUCUAAGGGGUGUCAGAAUGGCCAGGAGCUGCUGCUUUGUAUUCAACCUUCCAUUACCAGAGAGAUGAAUGAUAUUCUUAUUGCUCCAGUGGAAGAUGAUACCAUUAAGAAGGCCAUCUUUAGCAUUCAUCCUGAUAAGUCUCCAGGUGAAGAUGGUAUGACAGGGCUAUUUUAUCAACACUUCUGGCCUAUUAUAGGCCCUGAUAUUUGUACAGCAGUGAAAAGCUUCUUUGACUCGGGGCAGAUGCUAAG